AUGGCCAGCAACCAAGUAAUACUGUUCCUCUUCUACGGAGAAAUCUGGAAAUCACUUUCUACAGCAAUACUUCAAAAUGGUUCCACGAAUAAAAGAAAUGCGUACACCAGUACCAGGAGUCCAAUAGAAGACAAAGCUCGUCUAUAUCAAUUGCAAGCAAGUGGGCCCAGUUUACACAAAUCUGGAAGAGCACUGACUGUUACGACACCACCUCAGUUCCCCAAAGCAUACGCAGAACCUAGCGAUGGAAGCUGGAUAGCAGCCCUGAUAAUUGGCGUCAUUUUGAUUAGUAUGAUAAUGGCUAUUAUUAUAAUUCUGCUGUGGAAAUGCUGCAAGAGGCCAGUUCUAGUUGAUUCAAAUUGGGCAGGUCGUUCUCCAUUUGCCGAUGGAGACACACCAGAUGUCUUUAUGGACUCUGACCAGGCUACCAAACGUUCAUCGGUUUUAUUUAUGUUGCCUUGGAAAUGGAAACAAGACACAAACGUACAGAAUGACCCCAUUGCAUCAGAGAAACCAUCCAACUGCACUACCAGUAACGACAACAGCCAAUUGCCUCCAGCAGCAGAAGACUGCUGUGUAGCCAGUAUUUCAGCUUCCAACACAGAUGCACCUCCAGCUCCCCCCUCAGAAGCAGCAAGCAGUGCACCCCACUCCGGUCCUCACCCAGCGGCUUUACCUGAAUCCCCAGAUCUGCCACCUCCACCCAAGUGGCUCAGGGAACCAACUGAGGAUCACAGUUCAGAUCUCAGCAAGUACCAGGAAUUUCACUCAGAAACAGAGGAGCCGCUGCCCCCCCCACCCGAGUUACUUAUUCAAGAGAUUCAUGAACCACUGCCCCAGCUGCCACAGCCAGAACACCCUUUGUAG